AGGCUUACUGAGGCUGAUGGAGGGAGCCGCUGCUGGGCUCACUAUGGACCGCCGGAUGUGGGGGGCCCACGUCCUCUGCGUGUUGAGCCCGUUACCGACCGUAUUGGGCCACAUGCACCCAGAAUGUGACUUCAUCACCCAGCUGAGAGAGGAUGAGAGUGCCUGUCUACAAGCAGCAGAGGAGAUGACCAACGCCACCCUGGGCUGCCCCAGGACCUGGGAUGGGCUGCUGUGCUGGCCGACGGCAGGAUCCGGCGAGUGGGUCACCCUCCCCUGCCCUGAUUUCUUCUCUCACUUCAGCUCAGAGUCAGGGACUGUGAAGCGGGAUUGUACCAUCACUGGCUGGUCUGAGCCCUUUCCACCUUACCCUGUGGCCUGCCCUGUGCCUCUGGAGCUGCUGGCUGAGGAGGAAUCUUACUUCUCCACAGUGAAGAUUAUCUACACCAUGGGCCAUAGCAUCUCCAUUGUAGCCCUCUUCGUGGCCAUCACCAUCCUGGUUGCUCUCAGGAGGCUCCACUGCCCCCGGAACUACGUCCACACCCAGCUGUUCGUCACUUUUAUCCUCAAGGCGGGUGCUGUGUUCCUGAAGGAUGCUGCCCUUUUCCACAGCGACGACACUGACUACUGCAGCUUCUCUACUGUUCUAUGCAAGGUCUCUGUGGCUGCCUCUCAUUUUGCCACCAUGACCAACUUCAGCUGGCUGUUGGCAGAAGCUGUCUACCUGACCUGCCUCCUGGCCUCCACCUCCCCCAGCUCAAGGAGAGCCUUCUGGUGGCUGGUUCUCGCUGGCUGGGGUCUGCCCGUGCUCUUCACUGGCACGUGGGUGGGCUGCAAACUGGCCUUCGAGGACACUGCGUGCUGGGACCUGGACAACAGCUCCCCCUACUGGUGGAUCAUCAAAGGGCCCAUCAUUCUCUCAGUCGGGGUGAACUUUGGGCUUUUUCUCAAUAUUAUCCGCAUCCUGGUGAGGAAACUGGAGCCAGUUCAGGGCAGCCUCCAUACCCAGUCUCAGUAUUGGCGUCUCUCCAAGUCGACACUUUUCUUGAUCCCACUCUUUGGAAUUCACUACAUCAUCUUCAACUUCCUGCCAGACAAUGCUGGCCUGGGCAUCCGCCUCCCCCUGGAGCUGGGACUGGGUUCCUUCCAGGGCUUCAUCGUGGCCAUCCUCUACUGCUUCCUCAACCAAGAGGUGAGGACUGAGAUCUCACGGAAGUGGCAUGGCCAUGACCCUGAGCUUCUGCCAGCCUGGAGGACCCGUGCUAAGUGGACCACGCCUUCUCGCUCGGCGGCAAAGGUGCUGACAUCUAUGUGCUAAGCUGCCUCAUCAUGCCACUGGAGUCCACACUUGAACUUGGGCAGCUACCCCAUGGGUCUGCCAUGCUCUGGCAGAGCAAGGGAGCCAUAUCCCCACCCCAGCUGUUACCCAGCCCGGGGUAGGGGCGGCCCUUCCUCCCUGUCUCUGCAUCUGACUCUCUUUUGAGGUUCCUGUAUGUUUACUUCUGACUUCUGUGGUCCCUCUGUGUCUGCUCUCAUCCAUUCCUUUUCCUGGGGCCUGGGGCUCUAGCCCAAGCCUCAGAGGAGCCAAUAAACCUGUAAAUGAA